UGAACCAAUCACACAGCACCAUGGGCGGGGCUAACGCUCGCCCUCCGUCAGCGGAUGUCUUUCUAGGCGGAUUGUUGUUGUCAUCAAGAUGGAGUUCUUGUUGGGGAAUCCGUACAGCACUCCUGUUGGCCAGUGCAUCGAAAAAGCCACAGAUGGCUCUCUGCAGAAUGAAGACUGGAUGCUCAACAUGGAGAUCUGUGACAUCAUCAAUGAGACGGAGGAAGGGCCCAAAGAUGCCAUGCGUGCUCUGAAGAAGAGGCUAAACGGCAACAGGAACUUCCGGGAGGUGAUGCUGGGGUUGACCGUGCUGGAGACUUGUGUGAAGAACUGCGGCCAUCGUUUUCACGUUCUCGUGACCUCCAGAGACUUUAUCGAAGGCGUCCUCGUGAAGAUUAUCUCUCCAAAGAACAACCCUCCCGCCAUAGUGCAGGACAAAGUGCUGUCGCUCAUUCAGGCCUGGGCAGAUGCGUUCAGGAGUAGCACUGACCUCACUGGUGUCGUGCACAUUUAUGAAGAGCUGAAGAGAAAAGGCAUUGAGUUCCCCAUGGCGGAUCUAGACGCUCUUUCACCUAUCCACACACCACAGCGGGGCGUUCCAGAGGUCGAUCCAGGCACACACAAAUAUAAAGCACCCUCCCAGGCCAAUGCUGCAUCUGAGAUGGCCCUGAAGCCUGCGGCUGCUGCGCACCACUUUAACCCCACUCAGAUCCCCACCGUUUCAGGUCCCAUUACAGCCAACCCAGAGCAGAUCGCCCGCCUGAGAAGUGAGCUGGAUAUUGUGCGUGGGAACGUUAAAGUGAUGUCAGAGAUGCUGACGGAGAUGGUGCCGGGACAAGAGGAGGCUUCUGAUCUCGAGCUGCUUCAGGAGUUAAACAGGACGUGUCGAGCCAUGCAGCACAGGAUAGUGGAGCUCAUCUCUCGUGUAUCCAACGACGAGGUGACCGAAGAGCUGCUGCACGCAAACGAUGAUUUAAACAACAUGUUCCUGCGCUACGAGAGGUACGAAAGAUACAGGAUAGGCAGAGCAGCGCAGAACAAUGGGGUCCUAACUGAAGCUUCAGAGGAGGAUAAUCUGAUAGAUCUGGGUCCUGGUUCUCCAGCUGUGGUCACUCCUCGGAUCAUUGCUACACCCACUCACACACCCACACCCACCCUUCAGCCUCCUGUACCUGCUGCUGGAGCGAGCGCUCCAUCCCUCUCCACACAGCUGGCAGGACUCGACGCGGGUGCAGACAACGUUAGCGGGACCCUCAGCUCUCUGACUUCUCAAAAUACUAAAGAGGACUUUGACAUGUUCGCCCACACCAGAUCCAGCUCUCUGGCUGACCAGCGUAAAAACAUAAUAUAUGAGGACCCACAGGCUCUGGGUGGUCUGGCGUCUGCAUUGGACAUCAGACAGCAGAAUUCGACAGGGCCGAGUGUUAAAGGUCCUAAUGCAGAGUUGGAGCCCAUAGACGGCUGGCUCAUUACCCAAGGAAUGAUCCCCGUGUCGCAGUCCUCUGUCAUGGAUGACAUUGAGGAGUGGCUCGGUGCCGAUGUGAAAGGUGAAGAGCCAGAAGAAGGAGUCACGAGUGAAGACUUCGAUAAGUUCCUAGAGGAGCGGGCCAAAGCUUCAGACAAGGCCUUACCGUUACCAUCUACUGGAGAGCUCAGAGCUCCCGCCAGCACAGCCAGCAGCAGUCGCAAGAAGGCCGAACGGACGGAGGACAAUCUCUUUGCCUUGUAGUUCAGAGGUGUGAAUGCAGACGUAGUCUCUCCAGCACUCCAACUUCCAAACGCUUGCUCUUCCAGCAAAACAUCCCUCUUAUCCCCUACAGCACUGUGAACAAUUCAAGCAAUGAUUUAAAGAUGAAGCCAAAACAUUACAAGCCCCCUCUGAAAGUCGGUCAGAGCUACUUGUCGUCAUUCUCGUCCCCCUAACUCCCAUCCAUUAAUAGAUGCCGAUUUAAAUAGCACUCCUUGGUUUUGUAUUUAUGGUAUUUGAUAAUAAACUAACAGUCAUGAUACGUGACAUUCCAUGAGGUGAGAGGAUCUGAAAAGGCUGUUUUUGGGUAAAACCCGAGGGCUGGUUUUAGGGUCAGAUGUGAAACGUGACGCGACCUGUCCGGGUGAUAAACAGAGCAUGGGAAAACAGUAUAUCCUAAACAGACGGACGAGCUCUGACAUGGUCCUUAGACUGCCGUACAGUUGUGAGGGUGUAGUGAAGCACUGCACAUGUGAUUUACCAAUUUAUAAUGCGUUUGGUUUCGAAUGGAAUUAGUUCUUGGUUUCCAAAAGAUUGAAGCCACUCUGGCCUGUUUUUAAAGGCACUGUUUGCUACUUUUCUAAAAUUCAAUUAUAUGCAAGAAAUUAAACAUUGGUGAUGUACCUUCGCCCAUUCGCAGGAUGAGAGUGAUCUUAAUGUGUUUUAUGAGAUUCAAAUGAAUGCCAUUUUCAAUUCAGUCCGGACAAGAGGACUCCUACAUUGAGAUGAUUGGGAUCUUUGCAUUGCAUCAUAAAAAAUUGUGGGAGGGAUGUGCGUAAUUGUAAAUCAUGAAACUUUGUCAGAAUGCCAAAAAUCGUAAUGAUGAUACUUUUUGAUCCAAAAUCCCUUUUUGACCACUGAAUUUGCACCUUGCUUCAUUAGAUUUACCAGGUUGCUGCAUUUUCAUAUCAAAUGCGCCCUGCGUGAGGUUAAGCACAUUCAACAGUGAAAGAUGGACUACAUGUUUCUUUCUGUCUUGCUAACUCAACCGAGAGCUGUUAGCCUAACGCUAGCCUAAUUUUUGUAAAAUAUGUAUCCAUAUGUAUACAUAAAUGUGUAUAUACAAUAGACAAGUGUGUAUAUUACUUAAGGUUUGUGUUAACUUUAAUGUAAAAUAUUAAUGUUUCUUUGCUUUUCCUUUAUGUAAGUCGUCAUUGGAGAUUAUUUUCCAUGUGGGCUUUGCAUAGUCGCGAUUUGGUUUCAUUCCACUCAGUUCCUCAUUGAUAAAUGUUGCACUGCUGUCUUUCCAAUAACAUGAUGCUGGGGAAGAUGCUUACUUGUGUGUGUGAAGUCACAGCAGCUCGAUCAAGCUGGUGCGUUUUAAACUCAAAGACCUCAAAAUGUUCAAAUCAUAAUGAUAUGAAGACGAGGGCUUGUUGCCAGUUAACCCGACUUGUUUCAGAGGUCCUUCAGUUCCAAAACCAACUGCAGUUGAAUAUUUAAGACACUGGAGACGCUUGUUUUCAUCUUUACUUAAAUUACUGCACAGAUUACUGUGGUGUUAAUUGAAAUUGGAGCAUGUUUAAAGCAUUGGGCUUUUAUAAAACGCAUAAGGAGCAUUUGUUAUUGCUAUAAAAUAAUGUAAUAAUUAAUUCAAUCUUCGAGGAUUCAGAUAUAGUGUAUCUAACAAUUUGUAAGAAGACAAAGCAUAAUGAUUGUUAGUUCUAGAUUGAUGUUCUAACUGGAGCUCUUUGUUCACUCAGUGGCAAUCAUUAUUUGGAUUAACCGCUUAAAUGGUGUUGUCAUUUGACAUUAAAAGUCUUAACUUUUUUGAUUAUUUACCUCAUAUUGUAUUAAAUGUAUUUUAGAAGAGAGUGGAAUAAAAUUCCCCAUUGUCAGAUUUAUCCUAACUAUUUUAUUAAAGUGAUUGAUUUGCUCAAGACAAA